AUGCACAACGAGGUUGUUUCCGGCACCUUUCAAAUACUCGGAGUUGCUUUAGGACAACAAGAUGUGAAAACAUCGGUCUACUCUAUCUUGUCUCUAUGUUCAUUGACCAUGUUUGCAUUCUUCGUUAUACGACCAAUGUUGUAUUGGAUCAUCAAGAUAACACCAAAAGGAAAAUCGGUGAAGGAAUCUGAUGUUAUAGCGAUAUUACUUUUGCUUUUUUUUAACGGGAUUGACCACAGACGCUAUAGGAGCAUCCUUUGGUAUGGCAUCUGUAAUAAUGGGAUUCGUAAUACCGGACGGAUGGCCACUUGGUUAUUUCACCAAUUUAUCGGUGAUAAAGAAUCAGGACGAGCUCAUGAUGUAUGGAGCUAUGACUAUUGCGGGAUGCUUAGGAAGUUACUAACUGAACAGACUUAUGCAACAUCUAUUAUUGGCAUUGUUGUCGUAAAUGCCAUUAUAACUCCAUUAAUAGAAAUGUUGCACAAGCCAGCCGUGACGAAAAAGUUCAAUUUACCUACCUUGGUCAGGCUACGAAUUAGGUCACUUAGGAUGACUUCGACCAUUGAAGAGUUACGGAUUGUUACUUGCAUUCAAGACGAAGAAAUCGUCCCGAUCAUCAUUAGGCUCCUUGAAGCUUUGAACCCCAAAGAAAUUAGCCCCACCAGCGCCUAUGUCAUCCACCUUGUUCCGGUGGCUAGUCAAAGUGUUCCAACAUUAGCCCUUUACAAGAACCACUUGAGGAAAUUUAACCACCCUAGUGGUUCGGACAACAUCAUUCGAGCUUUCCUCAACUACAUUGAGAAAUCACAAGGAUUGGUUCAAAUUCAUCCCUUUCGAAUGAUUUCACAUUAUAAGUACAUGCACCAACCCAUUUGCAGGCUGUCUGAAAAGAUACAUGCACCUCUCAUUGUAAUGCCCUUUUUCAAUAGCGAAGAAGCACAUAGCAUUGACGACACGUUGCGGAUAUUCAACACCAACGUUCAAGCCUCUGCAACAUGCACGGUUGGGCUUCUAGUGGAUAGAGGGUUGCGUAGCUCGGUUAGAUUAACCACCUUUUCUUAUACCGUGGCAGUGAUCUUCCUUAGCGGAGUUGACGACCGCGAGGCGUUAGCUUUGGCGACUCGCGCUUCUUUUCAUCCUAAUGUUAUUGUUAAAGAUUUGCUUAAGUUAUCAUAA